AUGCACCACUGUUUUCGUCUGAGCGAGAUCCUUGAAGUGAUAUUCCAGUUUGUGUUCGAUUCCGUAGAAGUGGAACCUGACCGACACUACGUAUUGCCUGGACUCUUACCGUCUCCAUGCGCUCAAGAUCGACGUUCCGUCCUCCAUCUCGCACUCACCUGUCGUGCAUUUUACGACCCAGCACUUAAUGUCCUUUAUUCUCACUUGAGAGACAUUUAUCAUCUUAUUAAGUCCCUCCCUGACCAACUGGUGGAACUGAUUCUGUCACGCAGACCUUUCCCGGCGGAACAUUUCCGCUCAUUGGUCCUCUGCGCUGCACGUGUUCAGAUCCUCUGCGCUGCGCACAUCCAGCUCCUCUUCGAUCCCUGUUACAACGAUACUGCAUACACAUUUCUCCUUGCCAGCGUCCCCAAAGACGCACCGCUCUUUCCCAAGUUGCGCUCGCUUGCAUGGCACGACGAACGUCUCGCCUCCAUCCAAGUUCUCACCUUCCUCCUACCGACAGUCGAGACCCCUUCCAUCUCCAUCUCAGACAUUCGAUUUCGCAAGACCAUCAUCCCUGGCCUCCGUACCGCUGCGCCGCGCCUCAAGGCUCUUGAGUUCGAGGGCAUCACACCUUGGGAUUACCCCUCGGAAAUUGAGUCGCUCUUGCUAAGCUAUCCUGAGAUUCUCGCAGAACUUUCGUUCCUAUGCUGCGAUAUCUCAAGCAGCCUGCUUCGUGCCAUCGCCCUGUGGCCACGCCUCCGAUGGCUCUCUGUCCAGCUUGGUUUCAAAAGCAUCCCCACUGCACCUCUCCAUGUGUCACAGUCCUUUCAGGCACUCGCUCACCUGCAUAUCUCAUGCCAGGAUCUGAACAUUUUCAUCUCUUUCCUGUGCGCUUUCCGAAUGCUCGGGAUGGAUUCUGAUACGUUCGGAUGCCCCAACCUCAAUACAAUUCACAUCAACACAAACAGAUGCAGCCCAGCCAGCAGCUGGUCUGAGCUCCUCACCGUUCUCACCCGCACAAAACUAGAGCACAUCAUUAUUAGCGAAAGGUGUCACGAUCACGCGCAGCCCUGCCCCGCACCAUCAUCCUUUGACUUUUACCCCCUACUUGCGCACCCUACCGCCCUCGCAGACCUCAAGACUCUCGUCCUCUCCCCCGGCCACUCCUCGUCCAUCGCACUUACCGGUGCGGACAUCAUCACCCUCGCUCGCGCAUGGUCAUGCCUCAACAUCCUUGACUUAGGGUUGCGCAACACUCCCGUGUCAUUGUAUGCCUUAGGAAUCCUCGUGAGGCGCUGCCGCGAGCUACGUGAGGUCUCGCUCUGCGUCAACGUGGGCCUCGAUGCGCUCGGAGCAACGCCUCUGAACGACGACGACAAUCAAUUGGGUUCGCAACCCAACAUGCGCCUGAUCAAACUGGACGUCGGGGAGUCCCCUAUCGCGUGCGCGGGUCCCUUGCACCCUCUGACGGCACCGGACUUGAUGAGGUCCAUUCCACGGUUCUUGCACGCGAUGGCGCCGCGGCUUGAGGGCAUCUCGAGGACGGCAUGUAUCGUGUGGUUCCAAGGGAUAUAUGGGAGGAGAUGGGAGACGGUAUCGGACGCUUUGUUCGCAAUGGCGAAUGAAGUUGAGCAUGGUGACUGA